UACAAAUGGGAUUUAACAGAUAAAUUUUUGGAAGAUUUCGCUACCGUGAGCAUUGAACCUAAAGAAGGAUAUAUUAAAACUAACUGUGAAGUUCAGAGUGUUAUCUCGAUCACUGCAGUGAAGUUUCUUUCAAAGAAAAACAUCAAACUUGAAUUAAACAUUUCUUAUGGUCCAACUAUUCCUAUUACAUUGGUGUGUACAACGUGUAAAACUCGUUUGAAGUUUUCUGAUACAAUGCAUGAUUUUGGCGCCUGUUUAGCACAAAAACACAAUACUUUUAGCAACGUAUGGACUCUGGAGUUGAGCAAUAACGAUAGUAUUAUCUACAUAGUACAAAUUGAAUCACAAAAUUACGAUCAUUUGACAAUCUGCACCAAAGAAACAAUCAUAAGUCCCAAACAAACAAUUAAAAUCUUGUUUUAUUUUCAUCCGAAAGAAAUAACAAAGUACACGACUAAAAUAAACAUUUUAGUCAACGAUAAAAAGUAUCCCAUUACUUUACACGGCGAAGGAGUUUCAAUGGAAGUAGAGUUAUGUAAUAUCUGUGAUAAAUUCUUAAAUUUUGGUGCGGUGCCACUUGGAAAACACAAUAAGAAAGGAGUGCAAAUUAUAAACAAAACGAAAUGUACAGUGAGCAUUUAUUUUGACUUGUAUCACAGAUUGCCUAUAUUUAUGAAAACUGUAAGAUACUUGACGCCGGAUUUCGAGCAGCCUGAAAUAAAACCGUCGGAUAUUUCAAUCAAAAAGAAGAAACCUGCUGCAAGUAAGAAUAAAAAUGAGAAUAGAAAAUCUAAUGAUGGUACUAUAAUCUCAAAGAAAAGUAAAUCUUCAAAGGAUGGCAAACAUAAAACAGCGAAAAGUAGUAAAAGUAAUGAGAGUGUGAAGAAAAAAGAUAAUAAAAAAGCUAAAAAAGAGAAGAUUAACAAGCAAAAGAAGAGUGUGGAAUUAAUACAAACGGAGAGCAUGGAGACACAGGAAGAAAAACAACAUCGUUUGAUAGACUCUUCAAUACGCAUUCGUCCUUCAAAGUGGAUUAAACUACAACCGCAAAACAGCACGGAAUUUAAGAUAACAUACAUGCCCACAGAAAGAAUGCCUGCUUUUCAGGAGCAGGUUUAUUGUCAAGUAGAAGAUACAGUAUUCCCACUCUGCGUACUAAAAGCAUCGUGCAUAGCACCUGAGUAUAGUUUACUCAAGAGUAAAAUAUCAUUCGGGACACUUAUUAUUGGUUCAUCAAACAAGUAUUAUACGAAAUUGAUUAAUUCUGGUGAUGUAGGCGGAAGAUUUAAAUGGAGUUGGAAAAGCGCUCGCAGUGAAGUAUUUACAAUUCAACCAGUUGAAGGCUAUUCUUCACCUGGAAGUUGUACGAAUUUCGAAGUUAAUUUUCAUCCGUCAUUUGUGCAGUGCAACUGCACAAGCUGGGCUAAGUUGACUAUCGACAAUUAUAAAACUGUGUUUGAUUUGGAGCUAUGCGGAAGUUGUAUUAACCUACCGAGUCCGAAAGAUACAUUGAAGUUUUCAGGACCAGUUCGUGAGACUUAUACGAAAAAGUUUACAUUGAAAAACUCAACUCCUGAAGCUUGGGUUAUUAAACCAAUUUUAAGUGGAGAGUUUUUCCAUAUAGAUGAUCUUAUUGUAGUUGAAGCUAAGUCUUCUUCUGUUGUGGAAGUGACUUAUCAACCAUUAGCGAUGACACAAGGAAAUAAAUAUCACGAA